GUUCGCCAUUUUGAACAGGCUGGGCUGUUGUGUGGAACAGUCUCGAAGAGAAAAAAAAAACCAGUUUCCUCUGUCCCGUGUUAGAAUUGCUAUUACAGAACUGGCUAUCUAAACGGCUCAUUUCAUGAACAGGUCCAUGAGGUGAAUGGAAACAUCACUGUGGUCUGUAUGAAUCCAGUUGAUGACACAAGGUGCGGAUUCUCGGGAUGAGUUUCCGAGAUCCCCCGGCGGCAGCAGCAGUAGCGCGAAGGACAACUGCAGCAUCUGUCCGGCCCGAAUAAACCACAAUCUACCUCUGUCCUCACACCCAGACGAUCAGUUGCCCUGUAAGCAAAGCGCUUGGAAAGAUUUCCAUGCGAGACCGUGAAGAAAAACAGGAAAGCCAAAUAAGUGUCCCACUUCUUAAGAACCCAAAAUGCCCAGCAUGUGACAUCUCUUCAAAGGCUGACACUUUGCCCAACCCGGUGCACCACUCAUGAAAUGAGGGCGCACCAGCCGACUUCCAUCCCAUAAGAAUUACCUGCCUGCCUAUCAUCACGCUGAAGAGAUGUUUCAGCUUCCAGUGAAUAACCUCACUCGGUUGAGGAAGGCCAGGAAGAAAGUCAAGAGACUGCUGAGUGAUAUUGGCCUUGACUACUGCAAAGAGCAUGUUGAGGACUACAAAGAGUUUGGUCCCAGUGACUCAUACAUGAAUCAAGCGUACCUUGAUGUUUGUCUGUGGGAUCCAUCCUGGACAAAGGCACAGGACUACAGAACGAAGCAGUUUUGCUGCUCUGAUUGCCCAUUUGCCUCUAAGUAUUUCUCCGCCUACAAAAACCACUUCCGCAAUGUUCACAGAGAAGACUUUGAGAGCCGAAUCCUCCUUAACUGCUCCUGUUGCACAUACAGUGGGAACAAGAGGACUCUGGAAACCCAUGUCAGGCUCUUCCACAUGCCUCAAAAUAUGGUGCGACAGGGUGCUGCAGGUCCUCAUGGAGCCCAAGUGUGGGUCAAGGACAACAUGCGGGUAGAAAAGCCCUUACCAGGCGAUCAAAAGGAGCUGCCGGUCUACUACUGCAAGAAGUGCACCUAUCGAGAUAGACUGUACAAUGUGGUGCGCAGGCACAUCUACAGGGAACACUUCCAGCAUGUGACCACACCUUAUCUUGGAAAAAACUCAGAGAAGCAAGAAAACAGUGUUGAGGCACCUGGCAACAGUCAUGGAAUCCACUGCAAGAGCUGCCACUUUUCGCCUCGUUCUUAUGAAGCACUGGUGCAGCAUGUUAUCGAGUUCCACGAGCGCAUUGGUCAUCAAGUUACCGCUAUGAUUGGACACACCAACGUCAUAGUGACGAGACCCCAAGCGAACAUGAUUCAGAGGGGCGUUACUAUCACUCCUGGUGUGCGUCCUCAGACGCCUCAAAUGAAUUGCUUCAAUAUGCCCAAAAUGGUAGGGUUACCCGUAGGCAACCAUUUUAAGCAAAGUGUUGCAGGCAACUCUGUGCCUGGUCAAGCAGUGCGCAUUACACUACCUGAUAAAGCUUUCAUGUCUGGUGCUGUCUCCCAAUCACGAGCAGGAAAACUCUUGCGCAGCUGCGGAGUCCAUGGUGCUACACAUCUUAAUGCUAAGUCAGCUUCUUUCUCCCCCUCACUCAAGAGUUUACCUCUCUCUUCAUCAGUGCAGGCUGCUACUGCCACUUUGACAUCGUUGCAGGCUAAGAAAGCCUCAGCCAAUGCUUUGAACACCGCACAAACACAGAAGUGGAAAAUUUGCACCAUCUGCAAUGAACUUUUUCCUGAGAAUGCAUAUAGUACUCAUUUUGAAAAAGAGCAUCAGGCAGAAAAGGUGAGAGCCAUGGCGAAAUAUAUCAUGAAGAUCCACAACUUUACUAGCAAGUGUUUGUAUUGUAACCGUUACUUACCCAGCGACUCUUUGUUGAACCAUAUGCUAGUGCAUGGGUUAUCAUGUCCACAGUGUCAUUCCACUUUUCAUGAAGUCGAGAAAAUUGUAGCACAUAAGCGGUUGGCCCACCCUAACGAGGUAGGGGACGCGCCAACUGGCUCUCCUCUCACAUUUGAUCUCACACUUCAACAAGGAAGUCCCAAAAAUGUUCAGCUUAUUGUAACCACCUACAACAUGAAGGAGACACCAGAAGCAUCUUCAACUGCUCAGCCACAAAACAGCGCUGUGGCGAAGUCUGCAAAGGCACCAGAGAACCAAAGUGAUUCUGUGGUCCGAAACAUGUCCCAAUCUUCGUUGUCCCAGAAGAAAGAAGUUGGUAAAACGCUCUGCCCUCUAUGCUUCACCAUUCUCAAAGGUCCCAUCUCGGAUGCCCUCGCCCAUCAUUUAAGGGACCGUCAUCAAGUACUCCAAACACUGCACCCUGUGGAGAAAAAGCUAACGUACAAGUGCAUCCACUGCCUGGGAGUGUACACGAGCAACAUGACAGCUUCCACUAUCACGCUUCAUUUGGUCCACUGCCGAGGCGUUUGCCAGACACCAAAAGGUCAGAGCAGUAAAUCUAUCUCGACUGCGCUGGGCUCACCAGGAGCUGGGUCUCUCAAGCGCGAGUUAGUUGCCUUAGAUGCAUCUGACCCCAAGAGGAGGAAAAUGGUAGACCAGUCCAGGUAUUACCCAACAGUUUUUGUUGAUAAGCCAGAGGAACCCAUUGUGUUGGCCUUAGAUCCUAAAGGUCAUGCCUAUGAGUCUUACGAGGCACGGAAAGCUUUCCUUACAGCAUAUUUUAAUCUGCAUCCCUACCCUUCCCAACGGGAGAUUGAGAAACUUGCUGCAAGUCUCUGGUUAUGGAAGUCUGAUGUCUCAAGCCAUUUUGCUAACCAUAGGCGCUCAUGUGAACGUGAUUUAAACACCCGCAAACCUGUUAUAUUACUAGGCUUUGACAUGAAGAUGGUGUGCCAGCUCAAGCAUGACAUGACCUUUGAUGGCAAAUGGUUGUUCGAGAUCAAUAAUGAAGAAAACAGUGAAUUCUCAAGGACCUCAAAAUUUAGGUCGAAAGCUCCUGUUGGGUUUUUUUGUGCAGGUGAUGGUGCUAGAGCUGUCCAAUUCAAGGAGCAGCAGACUUCAUACACUGAAAAAAGUAGUCAAAGCAACUGUGCCUUCAAGCCAUGCCCUGGAUCAUCCUCAGAACCUAUUGCCAUUGACUCAGACAGUGAUUCAGAGCCAGAAGUGAUACCUAAUGAAAAUCUGAAACGUAAUCAACAAGCUCCAGCAUUUAGGCCUUUAGUAGUUCCGUCCCACACAAAAGGAACAGUGCUGCGAGAGAGCUUCCAUUACGGAAGUGGUGCGAGGGGGAGCAGAAGCUCUCCCAGAGUUGGGGCCAAACGUCUUGAUGAGUCUGUUUCUGGAUCCAGUCCUGAAGAGGCAACCUGGUCAAACAGCAUGUCUCCUGAAGAGAGCCACUACAGACCAGCAGAACGAUUUGAAGUGAAGGGGGAAAAGGUGGGGUUGCUUGGUAGAUGAUGGCUUGUGGUGGCAAUCCCCGCUUCUAGAACUCUUCAUGCCCAGAUUUGUAGGUCAGAAUCCUUACCUCAUAUUUGGUUGACAUCAAAUGUUACAAUAUGAACAUGAUAUUAACUGUCAAUGUCAUGUCAAGCCAGAGGGGUUACACACUUUUAACUUAAAGUAAUUUUAAAGAGCAACAUGCAGGUUGGACACCCCUAUAUAGCAUAGUGUAUGUUGAUGAUAAAACAACUAGAUUUUCUGAACUGGAGUAAUAUAUAUUUAGCCAUUAACGAUAUUUUGAGAUAAAUUGUGAUAAAAUAACUUCCGCGUCUAUAAAGCACUAACCGGAAGUGACGAUGGGCUGAGGAGUCUGGUCAAGUUCAAGCUCAGGUUACAAUGGAUGCUGAAUGAAGAAACAGAGUUCUCCGGUGUGGACGAACAUGCCUAUGAUGGCCCACAGGCCUAUAAUUAUGAGCAAAUUAAGAGUUAAAAUUAUUAAAAGUAAGACUUACUCUGCUAAGUCCUCGUUUCGUUGCACAGAAUGUCUGCUAACGUUAGCACUUUGUCCUCCAGUCCAGCCCGCGCCAAAAUCCGGUGUACACUUUGACGGUGGACUUGAUUCCAUCGAGUGCACCGAGGGAACAGCAUCAGUAAUCAGCCUCACGUGGUCCUUACUCCGAAAUCCCAUCCGAGACUCCAACAAAUCUCCAGGUCGAUAAUUCUCCGAAUGAAAUGUGCGCCACAAACGACCGAGUGUGUGGUAACAGACGUGGCAGUGAAGUCUGCUCUCUUCACCUGCACAAAACGCACUCAAGACCGAAAAGCCUUGUUUUUUCUAGAAGGAAAAUGAUGGACACGAUGUCCUGACAGGCUGGAAUUCGUGCAACCAGCACAAACACAAUAAUUUACCAUUAUGGCUUCUCUAAAACUUUGUCUCUCACUACUGCUCUAACUACAUCAACACCCGCUGACCGCGAGCUCUUUUGUUUGCCUCGCCCUACGUCAUAUGACGCGUUGAUAGCGGGAAAGGCGUAUUCCAGAGCCUACCACAUUUUCAUCAAAAUCUCUACAUCAAAUGAGAUUUCAUUAGUAAUUUCUACAUAUGUGUUUUUAAAAGACCUCUGCAGACAAUAUAAAGUAUUAAUUCAGUUAUAAAUUCAACCUGCAUGUUGCUCUUUAACUCUCAAACAUUUCUGUUUUCAAAGAGCGGAAAAACUAAUAUACUGUAUGAUAAAUUUUUUCAACCAAUCCAUAGUCCUUGGUGAUUUUUUUUUUUCUCUCCCUUUUUUGUAUACUGUUCUCUGUAUUUAAUCAUACACUUGUUGGAAUUGUAACUAAAUUGAUAGGUCUAUUGUUUUUCCUGAUCAAAUAAAAAGGA